CUGCUCAUUUCCCAAAAUAGCGAAAACCCUUCUUCCUCCAUUUCAAGGGCGACGUUCUAAAGGCCAUUUCCCUGCCUCUAAUAAUCUCCGCAGCAGAAGGCUUAUUAUUUCUUUCAACAAGACUUUCAGAAAGAUUUCAACUUUCUGAUCUUCUGUUGCAGAUGAUUUGACGAGCUAAUGGGAAAGAAGGGAGGAUGGUUUUCUGCAGUGAGGAAAGCUUUGAUCCCUAGUUAUGAUUCCAAGGAGAAAAAAGAAAAGCCCCAGAAAACAGCAUCUAAAAAAUCAUGGUUUGGAAAGCAAAAGAACAUCGAAUCAGAGACCCCACAUGAAGAAUCUGUAUUCGCCACACCUGCACUUCGUUCUCCUUUCCCUGAACCAGAGGAGGAGGUAACCAUUGCAGAACCGGAGAACUCACCAAAAAAACCCGCAGAACCGGAAAUUCAACCGAACAAACCCACAGAACCCAAAAUCGAACCAAACAAACCCACAAACCCUGUAAUCGAGGAGAAAAAACCCCCAAAACCAGAGUUUGAACCGCCGCCCAAACCCCCAAAACCGGUCAACGAACCAGUCAAACCUUCUUUUGCGUAUUCAAGGGCGGCAGUAGCUGCAGCAGCUUUCCGGCGUUUAUUGGGUAAAUCUAAAGAAGACAUAGCCGCCAUCAAGAUUCAGACAGCUUUCCGGCGGUUUUCGGCAAGAAGAAAGUUAAGGUCUUUGAAGGGGUAUAUAAGGUUGAAAGUGUUGAUUCAAAGUCAAUCGGUGAAACGACAAGCGAUUACGACUUUAAGAUGUAUGCAGACUCUGGCACGUGUCCAGUCUCAGGUUCGAGCCAGAAGGAUUCGAAUGUCUGAAGAGAAUCAGGCUCUCCAACGACAACUUAUGCAGAAACGUGAGAGAGAGCUUGACAACAUGAGAUUCUCUAUGGGAGGCGAAUGGAAUAACAGUCGAAGAACAAAGGAGGAAGUAGAAGCGAGCUUACAGAAGAAAGUCGAGGCUACAGCACUCCGAGAAAGGGCGUUGGCUUAUGCACAGACUCAACAGCAAAUGUGGAAGAACCAGAAGAACGGAAAUCCAACGUUCAUGGAUCCAAACAAUCCCCACUGGGGAUGGAGCUGGUUAGACCGGUGGAUGGCGGCCCGGCCAUGGGAAUCCCAAAGCCCAAACGAUAACGAACCACCGCCUCCGGUAAAAACCAUAACCCGUUCAUCGUCUGUCGGAGACAUGAGCAAUUCCGUUUCAUCCCCAAGAUCUCCGUCAGUAUCCGGUAGAAGGCUCGCAACAUCAAGCCCUAAAAAAGGAAACGACGCCAUUCAAUCGCCGAGAAACCGAAGGCACAGCAUCGCAAAUACUUCACUUCGUGAAGAAUCUUCAGUCUCUUCACCUCGCGCUUCUUCCCCUCGUGUCUCUUCACCUCGAGUUUCUUCUCCGAGAUCGACUAAGACCAAAUCCCUGAUUCCAGCUCCGGUUCAGAGUCCAAGCCGUAGCCCUAGCCCUUGCCCAAGUCCGUUAGGGUCGGCGAAGAAGAAACCGGCGGUUAAUAGACGGCUGUCGAUGUCCGGUGCACCACCCGGUCGUAGGGUAUCGGGGUCAUCUAGGGUGGGUCCUGGUUCUCGUUAAAGGUUAGUGUUAAAAAUGUAAAUUUGUAAAGUUUUAUGAGAUAAAUUGGUGGGGGGUUUUAUGGUUUCACGAAACUAAGUGAAC